UAAUUUGAAGUUGCUACUACAUACAUAUAAUUGGAAAGAUUAAUUUUGGGAUUCAAAUAAAACAAGAAAAAUCCCUCUGGAAUUAGGUGAAAUUUAUUACGUAAGACCUCGUUUCGAAUUUUACUGACGUAAGAAAGGAAUUGUCGAUUGAAUUGAAUCCGUGUCGCUUGAAUGGAACCUACUGUCGAUUGAAUUGAGAGGGCGGUGGGAAGGAAUGACGUUAUAGAGAGCUUACAUGUUUGAGUAAAAGCAUGACGGUUAAUUGAGGGUAUGAUUAAGUAGUAUGACGGUCAAGUAUAUAGGACAAACAGCAGUACCAUCUUAUAUAAUAUUAAUUCUAUCAAUAUUGCAGGUAGUACACCAGAAACUACUGUAUGCUGUCCUAUAGGUUAUUAAAAUUUAAUACUAUUAUAAAACUAAUUGUAGACCAAGGAGACAAGUGUCAAUUGCCUAUAGAGCCUGGAGGAACAGCUCAAUUGCCGCGAUUUGGCUAUGAACCCUCAACACAACAAUGCCACCAAUUUAUUUAUAGAGGACUUAAGGGAAAUCAAAAUAAUUUUUUGACACUUGAGGAGUGCCAGUUGGCUUGUCUUCCUAAUCCGUGCCCUUCUGGUAAGAAUUUAGUAGGGAUCCGGACGCAUAGUAUUUUUCUAUCAUCGGUAUUUUUCGAUAUAUCGGUGAACAUAGCGGAAAUGCGCUACAGAAUACAUACUAAGAAAUAA